CACACCCGCUUCGUAGAGCCCGGUUCUUCGAAUUUUGUCGCGACGCUGUGUGAUACGUGUAACCUUACGUGUCGUAAUACCAAAGAACUCGUCGUGUGCGUGCACAACCUGCAAUACGAUUUGAGCUCCCUUCUCCGCCACAUGCACGUUCUAAAUCUGGGCGAGCCGUGGAUCUUAGCUUCGAGUACGGAAAAGAUAAGAGGGUUCAACAUUGGCGAUCUCCAUUUCCGCGAUACCACGCAGUUUUUCAACCUGUCCUUGUCGAACCUGGUGGAAACCCUGCUCGCGAGCGGUGGCGAGAGCGCGUUUCAUUGUACCCGCCAAAUGUAUGGUGACCGUUUCCGGCGCCUCCUCAGGAAGGGCAUUUACCCGUACACCUUCGUCGACAGUUUCGAAGCGUACAAUUUGCCCGCACUACCGCCAAAGGAAGCUUUCAAAAGUGACCUGAACGACCAAGAGAUCACGGACGAGGACUAUCAGUACGCCCUAGAGAUUUUCGAAUUGUUCGAAUGUAAGAACCUCGGUGGUUACACGCGUCUCUACGUCACGCUCGACGCCUGUCAGCUCUGCGACGUCGUGCUGUAUUUCAGGAAGAUCGCGCUAGAGACGGAUGGGAUGGAUAUCCUACGCACCGUGUCCCUCGCCAGCUACGCGUGGGGCAGCGCUCUGAAGCUCACCAAAGUCAAACUCGAGCUCAUGAGCGAUCGCGAGAUGUACGAAACGAUCGAGAAGGGAAUCAGGGGAGGCAUUUGUAACAGCUUCCACAGAUACUGUCGGGCUAAUCACGAGGGGUGCGACGAUUACGAUCCCCAGCAAGAAAAGACUUUUAUCCAGUACCUCGACGUGAAUAGUUUGUACCCGUACGCGAUGACUUUCCAUCUCCCGACAGGUGGUUUUGAGUGGGUCGAUCCUUCGAGGUGGAGCGAGAUUGAUUUUCUCAACAUUCCUCACGAUUCGGAAGUGGGUUACGUAUAUGUGGUAGACUUGUUGUAUCCCGAAGAACUGCACGCGCUCACCAGGGAUUUUCCCCUGGCACCCGAACACAGGUGCGUGGACGAGAACGAACUGUCCCCCUACCAGCGACACCUGAAAGAUGCGUUGGCGCUGAACGCCCCUCCCACAAAGAAACUCUUGCUGACGUGCUAUGACAAAGAACGCUACGUCGUUCAUUAUGCAUUGCUCGCUCUGUACGUGAGGUUGGGCAUGAAAAUAAAACGUGUUCACAGCAUCCUCUCGUUCCGCCAAGACGACUUUUUGCGAACCUUCGUGCAGAGAAACGUCGCGUUGAGGAAUGCCGCGAGCACGAAAUUCGAGAGACUUCUGUACAAAACCAUGUCGAACAGCACGUUCGGUAAGUCGAUACAAAAUGUGAGACGCAUGAAAAGGUACGCAAUAGCCUACGACAAAGAAAGUGCACUACGAAAGGCUAGCUCCGUCGACAGUCAGCAUUUUCUCAUUCUGAGUGACAAGUGCAUCUUGUACGAGAUGAAACAACGCCACAUCAAAUGCACGCACCCCCUUUACGUGGGCUUUGCCAUUCUUGAAAUAUCCAAAGUCCGAAUGUACAGCUUCAUCUACGAGUCGCUCUUUUCUCGCUUGACAUGUCCAGUGCAAUUGAUCUAUAGCGACACGGACAGCGUAAUUUUUUCUCUCACGUGUGAAAGCCUGGAAGAGCAGCUGAUGAAGAUUGAGAGUGAGUUAGAUCUGUCUUCCUAUCCGCCAGACCACCCACUUUUCAACGAAGAGCACGCGAACCAGAUGGGGUACUUCAAAGACGAGACGGGGGGCGGAGUUAUUCAGGAAGUCGUAGCCAUCCGAGCGAAAAUGUACAGCAUUCUCUUGGCUGGGUCACACAAACAGAUCGCGAGAGCCAAAGGAGUUAAGAAAGACGUGGUGCGGAAACAUUUAUUGCACGAAGUGUACCGAGAUUCUCUGUUCAAUGAAAAGGCGGUCUCUCAGAAGCAGUGCACCAUCCAGAGUAUAAAGCAAACGAUGUACACCAUUUCGAGACUCAAGAAGAGCUUGGUCCCCUACGACGACAAACGCUAUCUCGUGGAUGCCGUACACUCCUUCCCUUAUGGGAGCUGCGAAUACGCACCGGAAAACCCGGAAGAGAGCCCGAGACCGUCGACGUCAGGCAUCGAGUAACCGUGGAACAAAGAGCUGCACGCGCAUGUAAUCGAG